AUGACAACCGCUUCCUCGCUUGCACCUACCAACAUGGAGAUCUCUGUGGCCGACGAUAAGAUGGAGAUGGCUUCCCCCUAUCAAGGGCAUGUGGAUGACUUCGAUAUUGAUAUCGAUAUCAUGGAAGACCAGGCCUCCGUUACCGAUAAAGAUAUGAUGGUGGCAGACGAAUAUUUUGAAUAUGAUCAUGAUGGUACCCCCGAUGAGGACAUGGUCGACGAUGUUGCGGAGCCGACCAUGGUUGAUGCCGACGAACCUUAUACCGGAGCGGAUUACACCGUCGAAAUGCAGGACGAGAAUGAACGUAUCUACGAAGCGGAAAUGCUAGAAGAUGACUACGAAGAGGACAACGAUACCCCUGUCGUUGAAGCUCAAGACGAAGCACCGAUUUCAGCCGAAGCUCAGAACCAAGCCGUAGAAGGAGCGCAGUUGCCAGAAGAGAGCGCUGUGAUGCCCGGUGAUAGAAAUGACGUCCAGCAGGAAUUCCAGGAGGAACCCCGUACCGAUCAGCAAAGUCAUGCAGAUGCACAGAAUGACCACCCGCAAGAUGCUGAACAACUCGUUGACCAAUCAGAAGAACAUGCCCCGCAGCAGCCUGAAAUCGACACAGCCGAAUCGACCGAAAUCAGAAAGCCCCUCAACGACUCCAACACGGUGGAGCAAGAGUCCCAGAAUACCGCGAAAGAAGACGACCGGGGAGAGACUGCUAAUAACUCCGACCAGCCUCAGGUCCCGGAGACUGGUUCCAGCGAUGCUGAACCUCCAGCCGAUGCGCACAAGGAUCCAGCUGCAAAGCUAGAGAGCACAGUAGAAGCAGAGCAUGAGGAAGAAGGCCAAGAAGGAGGAGGAGGAGGAGAAGGAGCAGGAGAAGAAGAGGAGGGCCAAAUAGAGGAAGAAGGACAGCGCGUUAAAGGAGGACAUGGAGAAGAGGAAGCAAAGGUCACAAAAACUCAGGAACGCUCUUCGGAGGAGCAAGUCGUCGAGCACCCAGCCGAGCGAGAGGCUCCGGCGACGGAACGCACGCCUCUCUAUCCGGUCAAAGUCUAUUACCAAGACAAUGAGAUCUCACUGUUUCCUCCUCGGGAAGGCGACUCGUCGGAGACGUUCUUUCUUGAGGAUGAGAGCCUGGCUUUUGGGUCUUUCGGAAAACUCUUCGAAUCAUGCCGUGACGUAUUACGUGAACAUAUCGGAGAUGGUGAUGUUCUUGUUGUAGAUGUCGAGGCUCUGAAUAUUCAACUAACCGAGGACUCACUUCACAUUGACAAGGUCACACUGCAUCAGAUCGUAGACCUGUACCUCCGUCUUUGCCACAAUGACGGGGUGGAGGAGCCGGAGGCGCUCUAUCUUAGCCUUAGCACAAGGCCCACAGUUGCUGCAGAGCUAUCCUCUCUCUCUAUAGCUGCAAACGAAGGGAAAGGAUUGUCUGAGGUCUACUGGGAUGGUUACGGUGAAGGAGAGGCAGCCUCCGCAGAAGUUUACGAGGACAAUCAAGAAGUAUUCAUUCCGGACGAUCCGGACGAUGUUCAACAGGAAUCUUCCGAACCAGAGGAUGUUCAUAGUGAUUUUGAAGGAAACUAUGAGCCGGAGGUCGAUUCGUCGCUCCAGACAGAAACUGCUGCACAACAGCAAGGAGGACAUGACGAUCAAGACCAUGAGGAUCAUGAUCAAGCAGCGUCAGACAACGGUGAUGCGGGUGGCCCCACUUCAAGUGACGUUCGGGAAGGAGAUAAUGACCGGGACAGCAAUCGUCAUGAGGCUCAUCUGGCUCAAUCUGAGUCUGCAAAGUCUGUUGAUCAUCACGAGCCAAAUGAGUCUUAUGAAUCAGAGGAGCAAUCAGAGUCCACUGCUACGGUGACUCAACAGCCCCUGCCUGACUCAGCAGACGAUCUAGCCCACCAUGAUCAUGAUCAUGAUUAUGAUGAGCAUGAAACUGAGUAUUACGGCACGGGAGUUGCUGAUGAAGAAGCAUACCGGGAAGAGGAAACUAAUGUAGAUGCUACUGAACACUACGAUUAUCAAGAAGAUGCCGAAGCUGUCGAAAAUGCCGAUAUUUCCGGAGAAGCGGAUGAAGAAUUCGACGGCGAUGCGACGGCACCAGAUGUGGAAGAACCCCUCGCAUUCGAGGAAGUUCAUGACAACGAUCAAGUCCAGGAUGGCACAGUCGACACCGACUUCCAUGACCUUCAAGACGACGAGGGAGAGGUCCAUUCUAGCGGCCCAGACGAAGACGCAUCAAAGGAGACUAAAACGGUUCCGGAUAGAGCCUCCCAGGAUAUCCCAGAGGUCACCAACAAGUCUGCCGAGGAUUUGAAGGAUGACUCACUAGGUACUGCGGAAGAUCUGCUAAAGAGCCCCAGAAAAGACCUUCGACAUGCCGUCGAGGACACCAAUGUGGAUGAAGUCGAAGAGCCGGGAGAAAUCCACGAUGAAGCCGAAGCAGCUCCAGCUACACACGAGGAAGCCGAUGAGUUGACAUUUGACGAUGAAGACUAUCUGGAUUUGGGAGUCCAGGAUGGACUGGCCGCCGGCGAUGAGGCGGAUCUUGCCAAGUCACCAAGUCGCGGACCAACGAAACGUCAUCGCGAAGCAGAGGAUGAGUUUGAGUUCACUGAAACCCCUACUCCGGAUGCAAAACGUUCUCGGUCGUCCUAA